AUCAUCGGAGGGUCGAUUUCAGCUAAACACCCAACUCAAACAGGGUCACAUGUCAGAGAGCUGUAAUUCUCGCCAAUUCUCAUGGCUCGUGAAAUCAUGUUUCCCAAAUCCACAACAAGACAUCCACCACAACCACCGUGUGGUCACCACCUCACUCCACAGUACCACCGCCGGUAAAGCGUCGACGGAGGACCAAUCUAUCUCUUCCCUCCCCCACGACCUCCUCCUCGAAUGCCUAUCUAGGGUUGCACAUUCUUCCCUCUUUUCCAUCUCCCUCGUCUGUCGCCGCUGGGCCCAUCUCCUCCACUCCUCCGAUUUCUACCAACUCCGACGUUGCCACGGCCGUCUCCGCCACACUGUCUUCGCCGUCGCCGUCACUGAUUCCGCCCUCCACACCGCCAGUCACCGUAUCGGCCACGAUGCCUCCUGGAAAAUGGCUUCCUUUACUGCGGAAGAUGUGCUUUGCUUUCACCAUUUGUUUUCCCACGCACGCCUAUCGGCGAUUGGCCGUCACAUUUAUAUCAUCGGCCGAACCGCAAUGCUCCGGUGCGAUACUUGGACCGGAACCGUGACUGCGAGAUCGGGAAUGAUCUUCCCUAGGAAGAAGUUCGCCGCCGCCGUUGUGUACGGGAAAAUAUACGUCUCCGGCGGAGCUUCCCGGUCGUCGGCCGUGGAAGAAUACGAUCCGGAGACGGACACGUGGCUAACAGUGGCCGACGCGCCGAGGAGGCGCUACGGCUGCAUUGGCGCAUCGGUUGAUGGCGUGUUCUAUGUGAUCGGAGGGCUGAAGAUUGGCUCGUCGGGAAACGAAAACUCACGCGCCGCUGGGGCGGAGGCGCAUGUGUACGCAAGCUCAAUGGAUUUGUACGACGUGGAAGCGCGUGGGUGGCUCAGGAGUCGAUCGGUGCCGGGUGGCGGUUGCGUGGUGGCGGCGUGCGCUGCGGAGGGACACAUAUACGUGCUGGCGAGCCAUGCUGUGGAGCUGUCGUUUUGGAGGUUCGGCGCGCGUAAGAAGAGUGGUGGGGGUGGGUUUGGGGAGUGGUGUAGAGUGAAGUCUCCACCACUGCCGGCGCAGUUUAGACUGGACAGUACAGUUCGGUUCAGCUGUGUUGGGGUUGGGGACAAGGUGGCGCUGGUACAGGUGAUGGGUUGCAUCGAUGACUUGUUGAGGAGGGGUGGGAGGAGCACCAGAGGGUUGAAAGAAGGAUUGGUUUUGGUGUACGAUUGCGCCGCCGGAGAGUGGAGUAGAGAGGCGGAUCUCCCGGAGGUGAUUCGACGCGCCGCCUGCGUUUCUGUUGAGUGCUAACAUGCGCUUCGAGUAGUCCAAUGCACCUUUGUCUCGACUGUUUGUGGACGUGUUUUGAAAAUUGAUUCGCGUUUUGACGCGCGAGGGUAUUAAUUAUUAAAGUAAUUACAAGUUGGGCCAAAUCGAAGGGUAUAAUUGGUAUUUAGGGUAAUUAUUGGAAGUUGAGAAGAUAAAAGCGCCGUAUAUCUAGAGAAUGGAUUGUGAUCUGUGUAUUGUCACUGAUGAUAUGUGGGCCCUACACGUGGGCGAUAGAUUUGUAUGGUUCUUUGCCUCAUUUGGAACAGAUUAAGUUUCUAAAGUUUUAUUAUUCA